AUGAGGAGCCUGGCUGUGCUGAUGGUUGUGGUGGUGGUGGUCGGUGCCGACAGCUUCGUCGACCUCAUCCGCGAGGAAUGGAACGCCUUCAAGCUCAAACACAAGAAAUCGUACGAAAACGAGACCGAGGACCGGUUCCGUAUGAAGAUCUACGCUGAGAAUAAGCUUAAGAUGGCGAAGCAUAACCGGCGCUUCGAGCGCGGCGAGGUGACGUACCGCCUCGGAGUCAACAAGUACGCGGACAAGCUGCAGCAUGAGUUCGUGCACAGCACGAGCGGGAUCAACUUCAAGGCCAAACUCGACUGGACAAUAGAUAUUGUAGUGCCACCCAUCGACUGUGACCCACCGAAUGCGCUGGACUGGCGCUCGGAGGGCGCCGUCACCGAAGUCAAGGACCAAGGAGAUUGCAGCGCUGGUUAUGCCUUCAGCACCGCGGGCUCGAUGGAGGGGAUGCAUUUCCGCAGUAGCGGCGACCUCGUGUCGCUUUCGGCGCAGAAUCUGAUCGACUGCUCGUUAAAGUUCUGGAACCAUGGCUGCGACGGUGGCCACGUGGGUCAUGCCUUAUUGUACAUCCUCAACAGCGGAGGCAUCAACACAGAAGAGAGCUACCCUUACGAGGGCGUCGUCAACAAUUGCAGGUUCGACCCUGCGAACGAGGUCGUGAGCCUCUUGGCAUACAAUAUGUUUGUGAGAGGUGACGAGGAAAUAAUGAAGAAAGUCGUGGUCACCAUGGGACCUAUCUCUGCCAUGAUCGACGCCAGCCAAGUGUCCUUCCAGCUCUACUCGUCUGGAGUCUACUACGACGAGGACUGCUCCUCCAGCGACCUCAACCAUGGGGUGCUGGUGGUGGGCUACGAUACAGACGAAGAGGGCGGUGACUACUGGCUCGUAAAGAACUCGUGGGGAACCUCGUGGGGGGAGGACGGCUAUAUCAAGAUGGCGCGCAACCGCGGCAACAAUUGCGGCAUCGCCUCGUACAUCGCCUACCCUUUCAUAUAA